AUGAAGGAGCUGUUCAACUCCCCAAACCAGAACCAGGCCUGCUGGAGGGAGCGCAUAAAGAAAGAGGUAGUUGCUAGGACCACCUGGAAUAUCCGCUACAGCCACAAGUACCUCAAAGAGGGGACCAGGCCCAAGAAACAGCCCCAGCAGCCCCCUUUUGCGUCAGCCUCGAGAGCUGGCAUAGGCCCAGUGUCUGCCACCAGUUUCCCUGUCAGGAAAGAGGUGCAGGUAGGACAGUCGCAGACACGGGGGAUCCAGGACCAGCUGUUCAAGGCUGGAGGUGUCCAGGGCCCAACACCCAAGGGAGACAGAGAGAGGCAGGUCAGAGGAGCCCCUCAGGACAUAGCAGCCCAGGGCAGGCCAGAGGACUUAGAGAUGAAGCGGCCCUCCCCAGCCACCCUGAAGCUGCUCUUCCACGGCAUCUCCCAUGAAGGCCAGGGCCGGGCCCUGUACCUGAGGGAGCGGCAUCAACUGACUCCAGAGAAGAAGUUCAAGUACCCGAUGGUGUCUUCCUGGGAGUAUGGCUGGCACACGGGGGAUAGCAUCAAGAACUACAGGACACCAGCUUAUGCCAAAGUCCAGCCUAUCACGAAGACAUUUUUUGCUAAAAAUGGCAUCUUCCAUUUUCCGCAGUGA